CUACUAUCUUAAUUUCUCAGCCUUUUCAAGUCCGUUGGUCUUCAUCACUGUCUCGGUUUUGGGAGGUUUUCAACUUGGCAAAGGCAAACUCGUUGGUCGGAAUCGUUGAUUUGGAGAAUUUCAUCUAGUUCGUGGGUGAACUACUUGUUCAAGUCAUGGAUGAUGGAGAGUUAGAUUUCUCUAACCAGGUUUUAAAGAUGAACCAAUUACUGACGAUGGAUAGUUUUUUGGAGGAUUUUCUUGGUGAUAGUCAUGCAGCAGGUACUCAAACCCAUGUUUCCAACCCAACUGAACAAGAUGCACCUGGCUCACAAAGUUAUUCUCAUCACCGUACUAAAAACCAUCCUGUCGAAGAGAAAACCACUACGGAGGAAACAGAUGGCUCUGUUGAAAUUAAAUCAAAAAAACGUGCACCGGGUAACAGGGAGUCUGUGCGUAAAUACCGCGAGAGAAAGAAAGCCCGGCAAGCUUUAAUUGAGGACGAACUUGCCAAACUGAGGAUCGUAAAUCAACAGUUGUUAAAAAGGUUGCAGGGACAAGUUGCUCUUGAGCAAGAGGUAGCUAGGUUUAAGCUUCUGCUUGUGGACAUUAGGGGAAGGAUUAAGGGCGAACUUGGGUCGUUUCCUUAUCAGAAACCAACUGCUAAGGGUAUCGCUGGUGGCAUUUCGCGGAACAUGCUCCACUCUACCUUGUCUGGGGCUUAUGAUGUGAACCAGUGCGACCUGGAAUACCCCGGGUUAGAUAAUCAAGAUGUUGACGUAUCUGCCGGAUUUCAGAACGAAGGUUUUGGGGCUUCUGAUGGUAGUUAUCUACCAUGUGUUUGGAAUAAUAAUUCAGGAUAUAAUGAGUUUCUAGAUUUUGGACAAACAAAUGUCAGGGUAACUACUAAUGUUGAUAAUGCUUCUGCUGCUUCGAAGAGGAGAAAAGGAAAGGUCUCAAACAAAAGAUCGAAUAGAUAA